CGACAAAAACAAAAGAGUUACGCUUCUCUUCUUUCCCAUCCGAUCCCGUACACGAUUAUAUAAAAUAGCGAAGCAUCAGGGUCCAGGGAGGGCGAGGAAGACAAAAAGCAUGAGCAUCAAUCUCGCCGCCGGAGGAAGCGGUGCCGGAGCCGGAGGCGACGGCUUGUCCUCGUCGUUCCCACCGUCGCAGUGGAGCUACGCCAUCUCCCGGCGCUACCAGUACUUUCUCGACAAGUCAACGCCUCAUGUCCUCCACCGUUGGACCGCGUUCGUCGUCUUCGCUUUCAUCUACACCCUCCGCGUCUACCUCAUCGAGGGCUACUACAUCGUCACCUACGGCCUCGGCAUCUACAUCCUGCAGCUAUUGAUCCUCUUCAUCUCCCCUCAGGUCGAUCCCGAGAUCCAGGAACUCGACGACGAUGGCCCCACCCUCCCUACGCGCGGCUCCGACGAGUUCCGCCCUUUCGUCCGCCGACUCCCCGAGUUCAAGUUCUGGUAUUCCAUAAUGAAAGCAUUCUGCAUUGCCUUUGUUCUGACAUUCUUCAGCGCAUUUAAUGUGCCUGUAUUUUGGCCAAUUCUAUUAUUCUAUUGGGUGGUACUGUUCAUUUCAACCAUGAAGAGGCAGAUAUUGCACAUGAUCAAAUACAAAUAUGUUCCCUUUUCUGUUGGCAAACAGAAAUAUGCUGGAAAGAAAGUAGCUCUAACUGAUGAUACAGACACUGUUGCAGCAUAAGUUUUCAGGUUCCUUUUUGGACGUGUGGCUUUUCCCAUGGAAGGUCAAGUUAGGGUACCGUUUUGCAUCCUGCCUACAAUGUUCUGUUAUAUUCUAAUUAGGUGUCUUACUGGGUAGGUCUCUUUAAUGCAUUUUCAAGCGUUUUAUUCUAUCAUUUCUUGUACAUGUAUGUCACUGGCAGUUUAAUCAGUGUUCUUGAUUCUUUGGAACA